AUGGAGCCGGGAGCCAAAUCGGAAGCAAAGCAAGGUGAGGCGAGAGCGGGAUCUGGUGCGGGGGCAAGCGGCAGCGGCAGCGGCGGCGGCAGCAUCAAGGUGUAUCAUGAGAGGCAGAGGCUGCAAUUCUGUCUCCUCCAUGCUCUCAACAACCUUAUGCAGGAAAAGGAAUGUUUCACCCGUGUUGAGUUGGAUGGGAUUGCUGGAAAUCUUGUUCUCAGUGAUCCAAACAAGGGCCAAUGGACUCCUCUAUCAUUCAUUUUUAAACCGCACCACAAUGUUAUAACUGGGAACUAUGAUGUAAAUGUUCUCAUCACAGCAUUAGAAGCUAGAAAGAAGAAGGUGGUUUGGCAUGAUCGUCGGAAAGGGGCAUCAUCAAUCGAUCUGAAUGCAGAAGCAUUGGUAGGCCUGAUGAUCAAUGUACCUAUCAGGAGGUUCAGGGGGCUCUGGACUGGCAGGCAUUGGGUGGCAAUUCGAAGCAUUGAUGGCAUCUGGUUUAAUUUGGACAGUGAUCUUUCUGAACCCAAGCAGUUUAAGGACAAAGAAAACGUGAUUGGGUUCCUUGACAGUGUGCUCAGUCAAGGUGGAGAACUCAUGGUCGUGCUGCGAGAUGAAUAA